AUGACGGCGGCUACGGACAAAUUACUGUUGCGCAACGUCAAGUACGAGGGACGGGUAUAUGAGGGGUUCCCCAAAAUAUACAAUAUCUAUGCGCUUGGGUUUGUUUCUUGUAUUUCGGGGCUAAUGUUUGGUUUUGAUAUCUCGUCGAUGUCGUCGAUGAUCGGUACGGAGGUGUAUGGCCGUUAUUUUGGGCAUCCGGAUUCGACGACUCAGGGUGGGAUCACGGCGUCGAUGGCGGCAGGGUCGUUUUGGGGGUCUUUGAUGUCUUCUUAUAUUUCUGAUACGUUUGGUAGGCGUGUGUCUCUGCAUGCUUGUUCUUCGUUUUGGAUAGUGGGGGCUAUUUUACAGUGUGCGUCGCAGGGUCAGGCGAUGUUGAUUGCUGGGCGUGUUAUUGCAGGUAUGGGGAUUGGAUUUGGGUCGUCGGUGGCGCCUAUUUAUUGUUCGGAGAUAUCUCCGCCCAAGAUCAGGGGGGCGAUUGGUGGUAUUUUCCAGCUGUGCAUUACGAUUGGUAUCAUGGUGCUCUUUUUCAUUGGGUACGGGUGCCAUUUUAUCAAUGGCACGGCGGCUUUCCGGAUUACGUGGGGUGCUCAGAUUGUUCCUGGGGUGCUUUUGCUGGUCGCUGUGUUCUUUUUGCCGGAGUCGCCUCGUUGGCUUGCCAAUCGUGGGCGUUGGGAAGAAACGGAGCACAUUGUGGCGGAGGUGACUGCGGGUGGGAAUCGGAAGGAUGAGCAGGUGCUGUUGCAGAUGGAGGAAAUAAGGGAGCAGGUUUUGAUCGACCAGAUGGCGUCUAACUUUGGGUACAAGGAUUUGUUCCGUAGAAAGACGUUGCCGAAGACGAUUGUGGGUGUUUGUGCGCAGAUGUGGCAGCAGCUUUGUGGUAUGAACGUUAUGAUGUACUACAUUAUAUACAUUUUUGAUAUGGCUGGAUUCUCGGGGAAUACCAACCUAUUGUCCUCUGCGAUCCAGUAUAUCCUUAACGUAUUAAUGACGAUUCCUGCUUUGUUCAUGGUGGACAGGUACGGAAGAAGACCAGUUUUGUUGGCGGGUGGUGUGCUGAUGACGGGAUGGUUGUUCUCUGUCGCAGGCUUGCUUGGUAAGUAUUCGUUGCCCGCCCCUGGAGGCAUUAACGGCAACGAUACGGUACGUAUUCGCAUACCGGAAGAUCGUCGCAACGCUGCAAGGGGCGUUAUAGCCUGCUCUUAUUUAUUCGUGUGCUCCUUUGCACCUACGUGGGGUGUGGGGAUUUGGAUCUACUGCUCCGAGAUCUUUAACAACAUCGAAAGGGCUAAAGGGUCUGCGCUUUGCACUGCAGUUAAUUGGGCCUUCAAUUUUGCAUUGGCGAUGUUUGUACCUUCUGCGUUCAAAAAUAUCACUUGGAAAACGUACGUUAUUUUCGGGAUCUUUGGAAUAUGCUUAACGAUCCAAACAUACUUCAUGUUCCCAGAAACCAAGGGCAAGACGUUGGAAGAAAUUGAUCAAAUGUGGGAUAGCAAAAUCCCUGCCUGGCAAUCCGCUUCUUACGUGCCUCACGUUCCUAUUAUCGAAGACAAGAUGGGCAACAAGGUCGGUAUGGGCGGCUCUUCCCAGCACGUUGAAAACACAGAAAAGGAAAGGAAUCCAAUGCUUGGCAGAAAUGCCAACAGUAGCUCAACAACGUCUUCCGUUUGA